UAGAGGAAAAAUACCCAAAAAAACCCACAUAAGUGAUUUCACAAAACAAAACCCCUCCCUUCCCGUUUCCCUCCUAUUCUUUGGCAGCCCCCAGCAGCAGCUCUAAAACAGACCUCAUCAAUCAAUCCUUAUCCAUGGCAGCCACCGAUCCAACUCAAUUACAGAAACUCUCCCUUCUCCUCGGUCCCGACCCGAGUCACUUGGAAUCCCUACUAAACAGCCUUAUGUCAUCUUCCAACGAGCAGCGCUCUACCGCUGAGUCACUUUUCAAUCUCUGCAAAGAAGCCAAUCCCGACUCGCUCCUCCUUAGACUCGCUCACCUUCUCUCAUCUUCUUCUCUCUCCGAGAUUCGUGCUAUGUCCGCUAUUCUCCUUCGUAAACAUCUCACACGCGUCAAUGACUCCUUUUUAUAUCCGAAACUUAGCGAGUCAACUCGUUCUACAAUUAAACACAUGCUUCUAUCUUCUCUCCAGCAAGAAACGGCAAAAUCUAUAACUAAAAAAAUAAACGACACCAUCUCAGAACUUGCUGCUUCUAUUUUGCCUGAUGGAGGAUGGCCUGAGUUGCUACCGUUUAUGUUUCAGUGUGUGACUACACAGAAUUUUAAUUUACAAGAAUCAGCUCUUUUGAUUUUUGCAAGAUUGGCUCAAUUUAUUGGUGAAACUUUAUUUCCUUAUUUGACUACUCUACAUGAACUGUUCUUUAAUUGUUUAAGUAAUUCAACUAGCGCGGAUGUUAGAAUUGCUGCUUUGAAUGCAUCUGUUAGUUUUAUACAAUGUUUGUCGAGUAAUAAUGACCGUGAAAAGUUUCAAGAUUUGUUACCAUUGAUGAUGCGUGCUUUGACGGAGGCAUUGAAUAGUCAACAAGAGGUAACAGCACAAGAAGCACUUGAAUUGUUGAUUGAAUUAGCAGGGAGUGAGCCUAGGUUUUUGAGGAAGCAAAUUGUUGAAGUUGUAGGGUCAAUGUUGCAAAUUGCGGAGGCAGAGAGUUUAGAAGAAGGAACGAGACAUUUGGCUAUAGAGUUUGUGAUUACAUUAGCUGAGGCACGAGAGAGGGCACCUGGAAUGAUGAGAAAGUUGCCGCAGUUUGUGCAUAGGUUGUUCAUGGUGUUAAUGGGAAUGUUAUUGGAUAUAGAAGAUGAUCCUGUGUGGCAUAGCGCUGAGGUUGAGGAUGAGGAUGCUGGUGAGACUAGUAAUUAUGGGUUUGGACAGGAGUGUUUGGAUAGGCUAUCCAUUUCUCUUGGUGGGAAUACUGUUGUUCCUGUUGCCUCCGAGGUUUUGCAGGCUUUCUUGGCGGCUCCGGAGUGGGAGAAGCAUCAUGCUGCGCUUAUUGCCAUUGCACAAAUUGCUGAGGGUUCAUCUAAGGUGAUGAUAAAGAAUCUUGAGCAGGUAGUUUCUAUGGUCUUAAACUCAUUCCAAGAUCCCCACCCCCGAGUGAGGUGGGCAGCUAUAAAUGCCAUUGGACAAUUGUCAACUGAUCUGGGUCCAGAUUUGCAAGUGAAGUAUCAUCAGAGAGUGCUGCCUGCUUUAGCUGGAGCAAUGGAUGAUUUUCAAAAUCCUCGAGUUCAGGCUCAUGCUGCUUCAGCAGUUCUCAACUUCAGUGAAAAUUGCACCCCUGAUAUACUGGCGCCAUACUUGGAUGGAAUUGUUAGCAAACUUCUUAUACUCCUACAGAAUGGGAAGCAAAUGGUGCAAGAGGGUGCCUUGACGGCUUUAGCAUCAGUUGCUGAUUCAUCACAGGAGCAAUUUCAGAAAUAUUAUGUUGCUGUAAUGCCUUACUUGAGAACUAUACUGUUGAGUGCAAAUGACAAGUCUAAUCGUAUGCUUCGUGCUAAAGCUAUGGAAUGCAUUAGUCUGGUUGGGAUGGCUGUUGGAAGAGAUAAAUUUACAGAUGAUGCUAGACAGGUUAUGGAUUUCCUAAUGUCACUGCAAGGAACUCAAAUGGAAGCAGAUGAUCCAACAACAAGCUACAUGCUACAAGCAUGGGCCAGACUAUGCAAGUGUCUUGGGCAGGAUUUUCUUCCAUAUAUGCAAGUUGUCAUGCCGCCUUUGCUUCAGUCAGCACAAAUUAAGCCUGAUGUGACCAUUACUUCUGCAGAUUCUGAUGUUGAUAUUGAUGAUGACGAUGACAGCAUUGAAACAAUCACUCUUGGAGACAAGAGAAUAGGAAUCAAGACUAGUGUUCUGGAGGAAAAAGCUACAGCUUGUAACAUGCUUUGCUGCUAUGCUGAUGAAUUGAAGGAAGGAUUUUUCCCAUGGAUUGAUCAGGUUGCUACUACUAUGGUUCCUCUUCUUAAAUUUUAUUUCCAUGAAGAAGUAAGGAAGGCAGCUGUUUCAGUUAUGCCGGAGCUACUAUGUUCAGCUAAGCUUGCCAUAGAGAAGGGUCAAUCUCAAGGACGUAAUGAGUCAUAUUUAAAGCAAUUAUCUGAUUACAUAAUACCAGCUUUGGUGGAGGCCUUACAUAAGGAGCCAGAGGUAGAAAUUUGUACAAGCAUGUUGGAUGCAUUGAGCGAAUGCAUACAGUUUUCCGGUCCUCUUUUGGAUGAAAAGCAAGUGAGGUCCAUUGUAGAUGAGAUAAAACAGGUCAUCACAGCCAGCGCAACUAGAAAACAGGAAAGAGUAGAGAGGGCCAAAGCAGAGGACUUUGAUGCAGAAGAAGAGGAGUUAUUAAAGGAAGAAAAUGAGCAAGAAGAAGAACUCUUUGAUCAGGUCGGGGAUUUGUUGGGCGCGCUAAUUAAGACAUUCAGGGUCUCUUUCUUGCCUUUAUUCGAUGAGAUUUCCUCAUACAUAACGCCUAUGUGGGGUAAGGAUAAAACAGCAGAAGAGAGGAGAAUUGCAACUUGUAUAUUUGAUGAUGUGGUGGAGCAAUGCCGUGAUGCUGCUCUUAAAUAUUAUGGUACUUAUGUUCCUUUCCUUUUGGAAGCCUGCAAUGAUGAAAAUCCAGAUGUUCGCCAGGCAGCUGUUUAUGGUGUUGGUGUUUGUGCGGAGUUUGGAAGAUCUGUGUUUAAGCCAUUUGUCGGAGAAGCCCUUUCUAAGUUAAAUAUUGUAAUAAGUGAUCCUAAUAAACUUCAUGCGGACAAUGUAAUGGCAUAUGACAAUGCUGUUUCAGCUCUUGGAAAAAUAUGCCAGUUCCAUCGGGACAGUAUAAAUGCAUCACAGGUAGUGCCGGCCUGGUUAAGGUGCUUACCCUUAAAGAGUGAUUUAAUUGAGGCCAAGCUUGUGCACGAUCAGCUUUGCUCAAUGGUUGAAAGGUCAGAUAUAGAACUUUUGGGACUGAACAAUCAAUAUCUUCCCAAAAUAAUACUUGUUUUUGCUGAGGUCAUAUGUGCAGGCAAAGACUUGGCCACGGAGCAAACUGCUAAUAGAAUGAUUAAUUUAUUGAGGCAACUUCAGCAAAUGUUACCGCCUGCUACCCUAGCUUCAACUUGGUCAUCCUUAGAGCCACAGCAGCAACUUGCUUUGCAAUCUAUUCUGUCUUCUUAGUUCCCGAGGAGAUGUUGGGUAUAUCAUUGUUAUUUCUUUGAUGAAGAUCUGCUUGGUGUAGCCACAUUGAGUCAUCCGUGGUUCCUUUGCAUUUGUGGGUAUGUCAAUUCUUUCUUAUUAGGAAGAAGUUGUCUCCGGUCGAUUGUGUUCCUUCUCUGUUGGUGGGCAUGUCGUUGUUUUUUGGGGAAGCUGUUGUCUCUACUGCUGGCAUAUUUGCGUGUUAAUAUCUCCCAAUUCUUUUUCCAUCAACUUCUCCUCGAAAGAAAUUUCUGUUAGAGUGGUUCUCGAGUCGAUAUGAAAGUGAAAUAGUUUUGUCGUAGGGAUGUGUAUAGCAGUAGUACUAUCCAUUAUUUGAGUGAAAGGAAUAAAUAGAAAUUUACAUAUUUGUAGGCCUCUAGUUGGUUUGGCUGAGGUUGAGGCUUGUGAGUGAGGCUAUUCCUGUAACAAUAUUGGUGCUCUGUAUUCUUCAGGAUGCGGAAUAUUUCAAUAUAGAGAUUUAUUUAUGUUCUA